AAACCCGCGAGGCUAAAUUAUGCAAGAAAAGAAAAAGACCACAAAAUUCAAAAAUUAAAGUCCAGAAAGGUCUGCUUAAAUUGAACCCCAGAGGCAUAGCCGAGAAAGUUGGUUUCUUUUUCAUGUCUAGCCCCUCAUCAUAAGUGUUCAUUUUGACUGCUUUCACUGGCGGGUAGAUCUUGCUUGACUUGAAGUCUGUUGUUUUCUUUGUUUCGAGAUUGGUAUUUCUCCAGCUUCAUUUGAACACUGUUCAUGCGAUUUAUGAAGCAGAAAAUUUGUCUGUGUUUGCGUUUUGAUUUGGAGCUUCUGGGUCUCUUUGAUCUCCUUUUUGUAUGUGUUGCAACCUGCAAAAGUUUGAAGACUGCGAAGAGGAAUUUUCUUAUCUCCUCGAUCCUCUUUUGGGUUCCCACUUCAUUUUAGCGACUAUUCAUAGGUGUUCUGUGUUGGGUCUUCGCCAGUUUUCAACAUAAACUCCUUCAUUGGAUAAAAAAGCAUUGAUUUUGGUUUGUGCCAGCAAGAGGGUAUUGUUUACUUUUCUGAUUUUUGGAAAUUGCAGGUUUCGGUUCAAUUGCCAAAGUAUUUCAGUUCUUGCCGUUGAUUUGAAAAGGUUUUAGUUAGACUUGUUGGUCUCCAUUUUUGCUCUGUUUCUUGUAUGUCUAUGGGGGAUUGCAAGUCUAUGCGUCCGGUCAUGGAAGGAGAAGACGACUUAAUUGCUGCAGCGAGAAACAUAGCGAGGGCAUUGGGAUCAAAGAAGAACCUUACAGAUGGUGAAAGGGAAAUUUUGGCAAAUCUUGGCACCCAAUUGUCCACCAUGAUCUCACUCAGUGAGAAAAAGGGUGAGAAAAGUGGUGAUAUUGAAGAUCGUCUUAAUUCUAUCCAGGAGAGGGUCAUGAGUUGGGAGGCAGAUCAGUCUAUGAUAUGGAAUUCAGGCCCAAAUGAGUCUCUGGAGUAUGUCAAAGCUGUGGAGGAGGCUCGAAGGUUUGUCGAAAGGUUAGAGGGUUUGCGUUUGAAUAAAGAUGAUCAAGAGUAUGAGGUGCUACAGAAAGCUUAUGAUGUUCUUCAAACAGCUAUGGCUAGGCUGGAGGAUGAGUUCAAAUACAUGCUUGUUCAGAACAGGCAACCCUUUGAACCUGAGCACAUGUCUUUCCGUUCAAGUGAAGAGGAUAUUGUGGAUGGCAGCUCGAUAAUCUCUUUUGGGGAUGAUUCAUUUGAGGACUCACUUCAAAGAGAUAGUGUUAGCAGAGCAUCUGAGGAAGUCAUCAUUGAUUUGGUUCAUCCAGAUGUAGUUCCUGAGCUCAGAGGCAUAGCAAAUUUGAUGUCCAAUUGCAAAUAUGAUCAGGAAUGUAUCCAAGCUUAUACUAGCAUCCGAAGGGAUGCCUUGGAUGAGUGCCUCUCCAUUCUUGAAGUCCAGAGACUGAGCAUUGAGGACGUGCUGAAGAUGGAGUGGGGUUGCUUGAAUUCCAAAAUCAGAAGAUGGGUCUGGGUUAUGAAGAUCUUUGUGCGGGUUUAUCUUCCUAGCGAGAGAUGGCUUAGUGAUCAGAUUUUUGGGGAGCUUGGAACAGUUUAUUUAGAUUGUUUUGUUGAGGCAUCAAAGCCUUCAAUGCUGCAACUUAUGAAUUUUGGUGAAGCCAUGUCUAUUGGUCCCCACCAACCAGAAAAGUUGUUCCGCAUUCUUGACAUGUAUGAGGUGCUAGUGGAUCUUCUUCCUGAUAUAGAUGGUUUAUACAUGGAUGAGGCUGGUUCUACUGUAAGAAUUGAGUGUCAUGAGGUUCUGAUGAGAUUGGGUGAUUCCGUGAAGGCAACAUUUAGUGAAUUCGAGAAUGCCAUUGCAUCAAACGCCUCGACUAACCCUGUUGCUGGAGGAGGAAUACACCCUCUCACCAGAUAUGUGAUGAACUACUUGAGGACUCUUACAGACUACGGCGAGACCCUUAAUGUGCUCCUUGAUGACUGCGAUGAAGGUGAUUCCAUUUCACUGUCUCCUGAUAUGAGUCCCACCACAGAAGAGGAGAACAAAAGCACUGAUACUUCGGGCAGAAUUUCCCCAAUGCUUCGCCACUACCGGUCACUUGUUUCAACUCUGGAGUGCAACCUUGAUGACAAGUCCAAAUUAUAUAAGGAUGCUUCCUUGCAACACAUAUUUUUGAUGAACAAUCUGCAUUACAUGGCUCAGAAGGUUAAGGGGGAUGAACUGAGGCUCCUUUUUGGAGAUGGGUGGAUUAGGAAGUGCAAUGGGAAAUUUCAACAGCAUGCAAUGAACUACCAGAGAGCUAGUUGGAGUUCCAUUCUUUCUUUGCUGAAAGAGGAGGGCAUUCAAAAUCCUGGUUCAAAUUCCAUCUCUAAAACCCUCCUUAAGGAAAGGCUCCGCAGCUUUUAUCUUGCUUUCGAGGAGAUUUAUAAGAGCCAAACAACAUGGUUGAUUCCGGAUCCUCAGCUUCGAGAAGAUGUGCAAAUCUCGACAUCUCUGAAUGUUGUCCAAGCUUACAGGACAUUCGUGGGAAGACAUUCCAACGACAUAAGUGACAAGCUCAUCAAGUACAGUGCUGAUGAUUUGCAGAAUUACCUUUUGGAUCUCUUUGAGGGAUCCUCAAAAUCAUUACAGAAUUCCAGCAGGAGGUGACACCAGAGUAGAUAAAACUGUCAAUGUUUAUUAUUUAUGACGGAGGGAAAGCGUUUAUUUAACGUUCCCCUCUACUCAUGUAUGUUUUGAUUGUUAAACAGGUUAGGAUCCCCAGUGAAAUUGAAAGGGGUUCUCUCCCUCCGUAGUUUUGUGUGUGUAAUGUAAUAUGAUGAAGUAGGUUCAUUUUUUGUGAUCCCUGUAGUCCAUGUGGUAACUGAUAUAUGUAUUGGAUGCUAGCGGCAAUUCAUAUGGAACUUUAUGUGUUUUAACUAAA